AGCAGCAGAGAGGGAGGUUGGACCGGGAACAAUAGAGAGAAACGAAGCCAGCCCUGAAACACCAAACAAACCGAGAGGGCGACAGAAAGAAAGAAACCUAGCGAGGGAGCUGGAGGAAGAGAGAGAUAAACGGAGAACAUGUGAGGAAUAAAGACGGGAGGAUUUUUUCCGGACCGGAGGGCUUGAUUUCUCUCUUUCUUUGUCGGUGGAUUGUAUUGAACCGGAUUCUGGUAUGAACCCUGCAGAAGCGGCCGAGGAGGCGCCCAGCGACCCCGACACUGAUGCCUUCUACAAAACAGGGUCAUUCAGGACUGAAGGCGUCAAGGCGUCUGAUGUUCUUCCCGUGUUAAAGGAGAAAGUUGCCUUUGUGUCAGGUGGGCGAGAUAAAAGAGGAGGACCAAUCCUAACAUUUCCGGCCAGGAGUAACCACGACCGAAUAAAACAGGAAGACCUUAGGAGGCUGGUAACCUACCUGUCUACUGUUCCCAGUGAGGAUGUAUGUAAACGUGGGUUUACUGUCAUCAUCGACAUGCGUGGUUCUAAGUGGGAACUGAUCAAGCCUCUGCUGAAGACGCUUCAGGAGUUUUUCCCUGCUGAAAUCUGUGUCGCGCUCAUCAUCAAACCGGACAACUUCUGGCAGAAACAGAAGACGAACUUCGGCAGUGCAAAGUUCUCCUUUGAGACUAGCAUGGUGUCAGUUGAAGGUCUGGCCAAACUGGUGGAUCCCUCCCAGCUGACGGACGACUUUGAAGGCUCUCUGGACUACAACCACGAGGAGUGGAUGGAGCUGAGAGUCUCUCUGGAGGAGUUCAUGUCCAAUGCUGUUCACCUGUUGUCUAAACUGGAGGACUUGCAGGAGCUUCUGUCCAAGAAGGAGUUUCCUGCAGACGUGGAGGGAUCUCGUCGGUUGAUAGAGGAGCACACGCAACUAAAGAAAAAGGUGCUGAAGGCUCCAGUGGAGGAGUUGGACCGGGAAGGCCAGAGGUUGCUGCAGUGUAUCCGAUCCAGUGAUGGUUUUUCAGGAAAGAACUGCAUCUCAGGUUCUGCUGACUUCCAGAGCUUGGUGCCCAAGGUGGCCAGUCUACUGGAUAAGCUGCACUCCACGAGGCAGCAUCUCCAUCAGAUGUGGCACGUCAGGAAACUGAAGCUAGACCAGUGUUUCCAGCUCCGCCUCUUUGAACAGGACGCAGAGAAGAUGUUUGACUGGAUCAGCCACAACAAGGAAGUGUUCCUGCAGAGUCACACAGAGAUUGGCCGAGCUUACCAACAUGCUGUGGAGCUGCAGACUCAACACAACCACUUUGCCAUGAACUCUAUGAAUGCCUAUGUAAAUAUCAACAGAAUCAUGUCAGUCGCGAGCCGUCUGGCCGAGGCCAGUCACUACGCCUCCACACAAAUAAAACAGAUCUCAGGUCAGCUGGAUCAGGACUGGAAAAGUUUUGCUGCUGCACUUGACGAGCGCUCCACCAUCCUCGCCAUGUCGUCUGUCUUUCACCAGAAGGCUGAACAGUUCCUGUCGGAGGUGGAGGCCUGGUGUAAAGUCUGCAGUGAGGGAGGGUUACCGUCCGAAAUGCAGGAGCUGGAAAUCGCUAUCCACCGCCAUCAGAGCCUGUACGAGCAAGUCACCCAGGCUUACACUGAGGUGAGUCAGGACGGUAAAGCCCUACUGGAUGUCCUCCAGAGGCCCCUGGGUCCUGGCAAUUCUGAUUCGCUGACAGCCACUGCCAAUUACUCCAAAGCGGUUCAUUGCAUCCUGGAUGUGGUUCAUGAGGUUCUCCACCAUCAGCGGCGGCUGGAAAAUAUUUGGCAGCAUCGAAAGGUCCGACUCCACCAGAGACUGCAGCUGUGUGUUUUCCAGCAAGAUGUCCAGCAGGUGAUGGACUGGAUAGAAAACCAUGGCGAGGCUUUCCUCAGCAAACACACUGGUGUUGGGAAAUCCCUCCACAGAGCCCGAGCCCUGCAGAAAAGACACGACGACUUUGAAGACGUAGCUCAGAACACGUACACUAAUGCAGACAAGCUGCUCGAGGCAGCUGAGCAGCUGGCUCAGACCGGAGAGUGCGACCCAGAGGAAAUCUACAAGGCAGCCAGACACCUGGAAGUCCGAAUCCAGGAUUUCGUCCGCCGUGUCGAACAUAGGAAGCUUCUGCUCGACAUGUCUGUCUCCUUCCACACGCACACCAAGGAGCUGUGGUCGUGGAUGGAAGAGCUGCAGAAGCAGCUGCUGGACGAAGUAUGCUGCGAUUCAGUGGAUUCUGUUCAGACUCUGAUCCAGCAGUUUCAGCAGCAGCAGACGGCCACACUGGAAGCAACGCUCAAUGUGAUUAAAGAGGGAGAGGAAUUAAUACAGCAGCUCAGAGAUGCAGCGAUGUCGACCAACAAGACACCACACUGCAGUUCCAUUGCACACAUCCAGGGGGUGCUGCAGCAGCUUGACGAGGCCCAGGGCCAGAUGGAGGAACUCUUCCACGAACGCAAAAUCAAGCUAGACAUCUUUCUCCAGCUACGCAUAUUUGAGCAGUAUACUAUAGAAGUCACAGCGGAGUUGGACGCCUGGAACGAGGAUUUGUCUCGUCAGCUGAGCGAUGCCGGCCGCUCAGGCGGUAGCAGUAGCAGCAGCAGUGGGGGAGGCGGUGCCUCCUCUGGCAGCGCAGAAGACAUCGGCCUGGCAGAGCAGCGGCUGAAACGACACGCAGAGAGGAAGGCAGCCAUGAACAACAUGACUUAUGAAGUGAUGCAGCAGGGUCAAGACCUGCACCAGUACAUCAUGGAGGUCCAGGCUUCAGGGAUCGAGCUGACAGGGGAGAAGGACAUGGACUUGGCCGCACAGGUUCAGGAGCUGUUGGAGUUCCUCCAUGAGAAGCAGCAAGAGGUGGAGCUCAACGCGCAACACACGCACACACGGCUGGAACAGUGCCUGCAGCUACGCCACCUACAGGCCGAGGUCAAACAGGUGUUGGGUUGGAUUCGUAAUGGUGAGUCCAUGUUGAAUGCCAGCAUGGUGAAUGCCAGCUCUCUGUCUGAGGCUGAGCAGCUGCAAAGGGAACAUGAACAGUUCCAGAUGGCUAUAGAGUCUCUCUUCCAUGCUAACUCUCUUCAGAAGACUCAUCAGAGCGCUCUGCAGGUCCAGCAAAAAGCUGAGAUGGUGCUGCAGGCAGGUCACUAUGAUCCAGAGGCAAUUCGAAGCUGUGCUGAGAAAGUGGCGGUUCAUUGGCAGCAGUUGAUGCUGAAGAUGGAGGACCGCCUGAAGCUUGUGAAUGCAUCUGUGGCCUUCUACAAGACAUCUGAACAGGUGUGCAGUGUGCUAGAGAGCCUGGAGCAGGAGUAUCGGCGGGAUGAAGACUGGUGUGGCAGUCAUGAUAAACUGGGAAUGUCGGCCGACUGUGACCACCUUCUACCUCUGAUCAGCAAACACCUGGAGCAGAAAGAAGCCUUUCUCAAGGCGUGCACUCUGGCCCGGAGGAACGCUGAGGUGUUUCUGAAGUACAUCCACAGGAACAAUGUGAGCAUGCCUGGAGCCACCAGUCACGCCAGAGGGCCUGAACAACAAGUUAAAGCCAUUUUGAAUGAGCUGCUGCAGAGAGAGAACAGAGUCCUUCACUUCUGGACGUUGAAGAAACGACGGCUGGACCAGUGUCAGCAGUAUCUGGUGUUUGAACGCAGCGCCAAACAGGCACUGGAUUGGAUCCAAGAGACAGGUGAAGUUUACCUUGCCACACACACGUCACCUGGAGACAGCAGUGAGGAAACACAGCAGCUCCUCAAUAACUAUCAUCACUUCAGACUUACUGCUAAGCAAACCAAGGAGAAGGUGAAGCUGCUGAUCCAGUUGGCAGACAACCUGGUGGAGAAAGGCCAUGCCCACGUGUCGGAGCUGAAGCGCUGGGUCAGCACAGUGGAUCGCAGAUACCGCGACUUCUCCCUACGCAUGGCCAAAUACCAGGAGAGCCUAGAAAGGAGCCUGGGAGUCAGCUCUGAGGAUAAUAAAGACUUGGAGUUGGACAUUAUCCCUGCAAGCCUGACUGACGACCCUGAGGUCAAACUUCGUGACCCCAACCACGAGGUCAAUGAGGAAAAGAGGAAGUCCGCCAGGAAGAAAGAGUUCAUCAUGGCAGAGCUACUGCAGACAGAGAAGACCUACGUCCGAGAUCUCCACGAGUGUCUAGAGACCUACCUGUGGGAGAUGACCAGUGGUGUGGAGGAGAUUCCUCCAGGGAUCGCCAACAAGGAGCAUAUCAUCUUCGGCAACAUGCAGGACAUCUGUGACUUCCACAACAAUAUUUUCCUGAAGGAGCUGGUGAACUAUGAGCAGCUACCAGAGGAUGUCGGUCACUGCUUCGUCACAUGGGCUGAUAAAUUCCACAUUUAUGUAGAUUACUGUAAGAACAAACCAGACUCCAGUCAGCUCAUACUGGAGCAUGCUGGCAGCUUCUUCGAUGACAUUCAGCAGAGACGUGGACUGGCAAACUCCAUCUCCUCCUACCUCAUCAAACCCGUCCAGAGGAUCACCAAGUACCAACUACUGCUUAAGGAGUUACUGUCUUGUUGUGAGGAGGGUAAAGGGGAGAUUAAAGAUGGCUUAGAGGUGAUGCUCAGUGUUCCUAAGAGAGCUAAUGAUGCCAUGCAUCUCGCCAUGUUGGAGGGAUUUGAGGAAAACCUGGAGGUGCAGGGUGAGCUCAUCCUGCAGGACAGUUUCCAGGUUUGGGAUCCACGCUCGCUGAUCAGGAAGGGGCGGGACCGACACCUCUUCCUGUUUGAGUUCUCUCUGGUCUUUAGCAAGGAGAUCAAAGACUCAGCUGGCAGAACCAAAUACCAGUACAAGAACAGACUGCUGACGUCAGAGUUGGGGGUGACUGAGCACAUUGAGGGCGAUUCAUGUAAAUUUGCUUUGUGGGCAGGAAGAACCCCUUCCUCUGAUAAUAAAACUGUGCUAAAGGCGUCCAAUAUGGAAGCUAAACAAGAGUGGAUUAAAAAUAUCAGGGAGGUGAUCCAGGAGAGGAUGACUCACCUGAAGGGGGCGCUCAAGGAGCCUGUUCAUCUGCCUAAAACACCAGCACUUACUAAACCCAGGAAUAACACUAAGAGGGAGGGAGGUGAAGAUGGAGACAGUCAGGGAGACGGGAGCAGCCAGCCAGAUACCAUCUCCAUCGCCUCCAGGACGUCCCAGAACACUGUAGACAGCGACAAGCUCUCUGGUGGUUGUGAGUUGACAGUCGUCCUUCAGGACUUCACAGCAGGAUGCAGCACAGAGAUGUCUGUCAGCACCGGCCAGACGGUGGAGCUGUUGGAGCGGCCGAGCGAGCGGCCAGGUUGGUGUCUGGUUCGAACCACUGACCGCAGCCCACCACAGGAGGGAUUGGUUCCCAGCGCCACACUGUGUGUGUCCCAUUCGCGCUCCAGCGUGGAGAUGGACUGCUUCUUCAGCUCGGGGAAAGAAAACUAUCCCGUUAGCAGCUGUGAUGGAAAGACAGAGUCCGUGGCGAACCUUCAGCCGCAGCCAUCCCUCAGCUCGCUGCAGUCCAGCUCUCCUGGACCCAAACGUUCUGGAAACACUCUGAGAAAAUGGUUGACCAGUCCAGUCCGCCGCCUCAGCCAUGGCAGCUCUGUCAAGAAACUCCCCAAUAACAAACAGAAGAAGACUGGAUCAGGAAGAGAGGAGAGCAGGAAGAGUAUUGAUCUUGGACAGCCUGACCUGCACGAUGACAUCAUCGAUGAGGGAGUCCUCAGUAAGGAUGGUAACAUCCUCUCUAAGACGUCCUCUGGAAUGCAGAGCGGCGGGGAGGAGGAGCAGGAUGAGGAGGCUCACACCCCUCUGCCUCCCCCCAUGGAAAUCAUCAAAGACCCUUCAGCUCAGGACGACAAGUCUUCAUCCUUGCUAACGUCUCUGCAGUCGUCCUCUGAGGUGCCCAGCGCUGCAGAGCUGGUUAGCGCCAUAGAAAAACUUGUUAAAACCAAGAUGACUCUGGAACCAGGAGCGUACCCCGGCUUCACCACUCUCUCCCCUCCAGAGCCAACCACUCCUGUCCAGCCACGAAACCCUGAACUGGAGCAAAGAGCCAAAGCUAUGAGAGGACGGAUGUUUGUUCUGAACGAGCUGAUUCAGACUGAGAAGGACUACGUCAAAGACCUGGGCAUCGUGGUGGAGAGCUUCAUGAAGAAGAUAGAGGAAAAGGGCAUCCCUGAUGACAUGAAAGGAAAAGACAAGAUCGUCUUUGGGAAUAUCCACCAGAUCUACGACUGGCACAGAGAUUUCUUCGUGGGAGAGCUGGAGAAAUGUCUGGACGACCAUGAACACCUUCCUGAGCUCUUCAUCAAACAUGAGAGAAGACUGCACAUGUAUGUGGUUUAUUGUCAGAAUAAGCCUAAGUCAGAGUUCAUCGUAGCAGAAUAUGACACAUAUUUUGAUGGAAUCCAGCACGACAUCCAGUCCAGGUUGUCCAUCAGUGACUUCCUCAUCAAACCAAUCCAGAGAAUCACCAAAUACCAGCUGCUACUGAAGGACUUCCUGAAGUUCAGCUGCAAGGCAGGAAUGGACACCGAACAAAUUGAGAAAGCAGUAGAUUUGAUGUCCCAAGUCCCUAAACUGUGUAAUGACAUGAUGAAUUUGGGACGGCUGCAGGGAUAUGAGGGUAAACUAACCAGUCAGGGCAAACUGCUGCAGCAAGAAACCUUCUUUGUAACAGAGCAGGACGCCGGUGUCCUAUCGCGCUCCAAAGAACGACGAGUUUUCCUCUUCGAGCAGAUAGUCAUCUUCAGUGAGCUGCUCAGGAAAGGAUCAUCCAUACCUGGAUACCAGUUCAAGAAGAGCAUCAAGGUAUCCUACCUGGGUCUGGAGGAGAGCGUGGAUAACGAUCCCUGUAAGUUUGUCUUGACGUGUCGCGGCUCAUCGGAGCGUUUCACUCUGCAGGCCGCCAACGUUGACAUCAAGCAGGUCUGGGUCAGACACAUCCAGGAAGUUCUGGAUGCUCAGAGCAACUUCCUGUUUGCUCUUCAGUCUCCCAUCGAGUACCAGAAGGAGAAGAGCGCAGUAUGCCACAGCUCCUCACUGACCAGAAACCGCUCAUUCUCGGGGAACCGGCCCGCUACACCCUCUCACAGCCGUCCGUCCUCGGCGGUCGGGCUUGGUGACAAGGAGACGGAGAGAGGGAGGAGCCCGUUGAAAGUGUCUACCUCCAACGGCGGUUCGUCAUGUUUUGAAUCCAGGGACACUGAAGGCGGCUGUAACGGCGUCUCCUCCACCAUGAUGGUCACUCAGGACUACUCAGCGCUCAAAGAGAACGAGAUCUGCGUCAGUCAGGGAGAGACCGUCCAAAUCCUGGCCAACAAUCAGCAGAACAUGUACCUUGUUUACCGGCCAGCCAACAGCCUGUCGCCUGCCGCAGAGGGCUGGGUGCCGGGACACGUCUUGGGCCCGGCCACAAAGUCCAUAAAAGACUCUUCUUCUACUUCCUCCUUCUCAGCGGCGGUGGCCGAUGCCAACAACAUCAAGAAGUCUCUGUCAUGGAACACACUGCGUGCCAGGAAGCGCGCUGAAGCCAAGGACGUCUCCUCAGUGGGGGUCAGAGGUCAGGAGAAUGGCCUCCUCCGUAAGCCCAAAGAAACCAUGCCCCCUCCUCCACUCGCCUCCCCCGCCACCAGGGCGAAGGGCAAAGAGGUUCACACUUCAGAUGAGUCAGACUGUGAUGACGAUCUUGAUCCAAAGACGGGCAUGGAGCUUCUCAACCCAAACUUCAUCCAAGAAGUGGCUCCAGAGUUCCUCGUCCCUCUGUCAGACGUGGUGUGUGCGUUCGGGGAGACUGUAGUCCUCUGCUGUAAAGUCUGUGGACGACCCAAACCCUCCGUCACCCUGAAGGGCCCUGACCAGAACCCAGUGACCAGCAACAGCCGCUUCACCAUAGACAUCAGGGAUACAGGUGACAUCUUGUUGAAGAUCUGUAAUCUGAUGCCUCAGGAUACCGGGAUCUAUACCUGUGUUGCUGUUAACGACCACGGCUCGGCCUCCUCUUCCGCCUCCAUUAAAGUGCAAGGUAUCCCAGCAGCCCCUGGGAGACCGGUGGCCCAGGAGGCCAGUAGCACGUCGGUGAUGAUCCACUGGCCGCCUCCGGCUUCAUCCGCUCACUGUGCUGUCAGCAGCUACACUGUGGAGUACAGGCAGGAAGACUCAUUGCUAUGGCAGCAGGUGGCCAGCAGCAGAGAGGAGUGUGUUCAGAUUGAUACUCUGAUCCCCGGAGGUCACUAUCAGUUCAGAGUGCGAGCCUCCAACCGCUGGGGCAUCGGCCCGCCGUCCGAGCCCUCAAAUAUGAUCACACUGCCCAGCAGCAACUCUGGCUAUGAUGGAACAGGGAUCCAGUGGAAAGAAAACUUUGAGUCAACCUUCUCUGAGAUCUGUGAGAUUGGAAGGGGACGAUUUUCAGUGGUGAGAAAAUGUCUCAACAAGUCAACAAAGAAAGAGGUUGCGGUUAAGUUUGUGAGUAAGAAGAUGCAGAAGAAGGAGCAGGUGGCUCAUGAGGCGGACGUCCUCCUACAUGUUCAGAAUCCCCAGCUGGUGGUGCUGUUGGACACGUACGAGUCUCCCACUUCUCUGAUGCUGAUCCUAGAGCUGCUGGAGGAUGGUCGUUUGCUUGACUAUCUCGUCGCACACGAUGAGCUGAUGGAGGAGAAAGUGGCAUUCUUCAUCAGAGAAACACUUGAGGCACUGCAGCACCUUCAUACCUGCAGAGUUGCACACCUGGAUCUGAAGCCUGAGAACAUCAUGGUCGACCUCCACACUCCUACCCCGUGCAUUAAGCUCAUCGACCUCGGCGAUGCCGUCCAGCUCUCUGCCCACCGCCGGUACGUCCACCUCUUGCUUGGAAACCCAGAGUUUGCUGCGCCCGAGCUCAUCCGCGGGACGCCGGUCUCUGUUGCGACAGACGUGUGGAGCGUCGGCGUGCUGGCUUACGUGAUGCUCAGUGGCGUUUCCCCGUUUCUGGAUGAAUCACCGGAGGAAACCUGCGUCAACAUCUGCCGUCUAGACUUCUGCUUCCCGGAUGAAUACUUCCGCGAUGUGAGCCAGGCGGCGAGGGAUUUUGUGUCCUCAGUGCUGCAGCAGGAUCCCAGGAAGAGGCCAAGCGCUACUUUCUGUCUGCAGCACCCGUGGGUGGGUCGCGGGGGUGCACACGGUGGGGAGUACUCCAAGACGCCAUUGGAAACAACUCGGUUGGCCACAUUCAUUGAUAGAAGAAGACAGCUGCAUGAUGUUCGGCCCAUCACCAAUAUCAAAGGGCUGGUGAGCAGCAGCAUGGGCAACACGCUGUGACGGAGAGGAGCUCUGGGUGUUUGAACGCUCUAACAAUCCAUCUGUCAUGGCCAGGGCACCCACAACAACAUUAAAAUAUGUAAUAAAAGCAUUUCAUUAUGUUUAGUAUUUAUAACGUGUGAGUGAGAAAGGGAUUUGGUGCCUGAAUCCUUCGUGUAGAGUAAGAUUUAAUCUUUCUGGGACCACUAGGCCAAACUUUUAAACUGAAAAAAUAAUUGAAAUUUAUGGCUGUACCAUACUGAAUUGCUGACUAACACUUCACCUGAUCUUUGUUCACCUAGUAUAAACCAUUACAUGAGAGGCGGGACCUAUAAACUGCCUAGACACCCCUUAAUAACCCAAAGAAAUUAGCUCAAAGUUGAGAAAAUGAGCAUUUAGAAAACACACUGUGAGCAGACAUAAUGGCAACAUAUUAAUUUAUAUUUGUAUUAUUUAUUUUUCCAGGGGCAGAUGAUAUAUUGGAGUUAUUGCUCUUUAAUGUCUUAAGGAGCCGUGUUGUGCUAAUCUUAUCUUGGAUCUGCAGAAGGCUGUUUCAUGUUCACCUGUGGACAAAGUGCUGUUACUCAGGAACACGAGCAGUACUGAGUCCUGCAGGUAUUGGCCUCACUAGCCAACUGGCCAGCAGAAUCCUACUCACUGAGAAGCAUUUUACCACCCAUGCUCAGCUUACAGGCUAUAGCUAACAUAACUGAACAUACUGAAAGGUUUUGUGAGUUUCUGACCACCAGAGGACAAGUUUUGCGAGACAGUGACAUCUUGACAGUGACAGUGUCUGAUAUCAUCAGGUUGGUCAGUAGCAAAAAUGGUUGUGCACAGUGACUAAACUGCUAAUGAUGUAUUUGAAGUCCUCUAGUCUAAUUUGGAUUAGUAUCAUGAGGAACCCUCACGGAGGAUUAAAGAGUCUGCAGCUUCAACGAGAAUCUGACAGUUAGAGGAGUUAGAAAGCGUUCACCUUCUUUAUGUUGGUUUAGUUGCUGUUCUUAUCCUGGGGUACUUGGUGAGCUGAGCCAAGGUCAUUGUCUUGCUCAAGAACGCUUUGACAGGAUUACUCAAAUUUUGGGAAUUGAUCCCAGGACUGUCACUGCACAUUACUUGAAGCCUGCAUCACACAGUAGCUUCAGUGACAGAGAAGACUAACAUCAUUAGGAAUGGUAAUUUUGAGGAACGGUGUGAUGGAGGGUUUCAGCAGAGACAUCAAGAAUGUUGUGGAAAACGCCACCAAUCAAAUUAGGAUUUAACAAGCAGACUUUUCACUCGAUAUCACGGAUGUUCUGGUAAUUGUGGUGUUGAAUGUGUUUUGAUUUGUUGAUGUGGGACAGGCAAAUUAGUCCAAAUCCCCACUAAUUGAAAACAUUGUAAAUUCUUUUUGCGCUCAGUUUGAUCAUGCUUUGGAAAACACAUGUGAAGUGAUCAAUUCAAGAAUGUGUCUCCUACAUAGCAGCAAACACGAAAUCUGGACUUAAAAAGCAUAUUUAACGCUUUUCAUCCAUUUGGUAUGAAGCAUAACAGACCACAAAUGCCACCACAGAGGAUUUAUGCAUCGUUUCAUGUUUUCCAACAGUUAACUAUAUAUCACUAUAUCAACUAUAUCAUAACUGCAAUUUAAACCACCAACCUGGAAAGUUAUUUUUGGACUCUGAACCUUGCUGUCAUAUACCUUUAAUUUAUUGAAUGUUUAUUUAUUCAAAGACUGGGGUUGACAGUGAAAUCAUAUUUGGAAUGGUGACCUGGACCAGUCUGGUCUGCGCUAAGUGGCGUUGACAUGAGAUGACUUAGUCAAACCAAGCUGAAGUCACUGAGCAGCUACCGGACUGUGCAGCAGCUGAGUUUAUGUUGUGAAUAGUGUUGUGGUGAACUGCUGGAGGAGUUUACAUUUAGUCACUGACUUAUACUGAACUGUGCUGGACUGUCAUGAACUACAAUGAACUGGGUUAAAAUGGGCAGUUUGAGCCGACAGCAUCACUACAUAGAAGGUGGGGAAAAAACAUUGGAUAAACUAAUCAGAGGACGACAGGACUUUGCACAGGAACACAGAAAAGGCACCAUGGAGACUUAAAUCCUUUCUAUAGGACACCUAUAAUUUGUUCGUAUCACUGUUUACAAAAAAAAAUUCCAAAUAAUGCUUAAGUAGUUUACAAGAAAGUAGAAUUAUCAGGGAAAACCUGCAUGUAAAUUCACCAGGGAUGGUUUAGAAAUCAGGUUAGUAAUCUGUCUGUUUCUAUAAAAAAAAUCCUGUGACAGGUGUUAAGGUGGGAAAUUAACUACACCUUGAAACGUUUUUGUUUGUAUUGUGGCAAGUAACCCACCAUAGUGUCCCAUUCUUUGGCUUGUAAAAUAGUUUGUACAGCUGCUGAAUUGAUCUUGGAUUUAGGCAGAAGAGUUAAUUUACUGUCCUGCUUCUAUUGAUGAAUGUAAUUUCUUGUAGAAUGUGUUUUUUUUAGCUUUCACAUGCAUUGCCAUGUUCCCCUAUUUGGCAUUUUGCGUACAACAAAAAUAAGCAUUUAUUUUCAUGCAACCGGGGAUGCAGAAUGGUGCAAGCAAGAAACCCACUGUUUUAUCUCCUUUUAUGUCUAGUACAACAACAUCCAUGGGAACCUGCAAGUGUAAUAGUUUGUGUUUAUCGGUGCAGCUGUAAUAACAUCUGUUCAGGUACUAGUGGAACAGCAGAGUGUUUUGCUGUUUCAUGUCAGUUUCAUCAUCACACAGGGGGAAAUGCAACCAAGCGACCCCUCCAGGUAGCAGUUGUAGGUAGGAAACACAAGAUUUCUCUAUACUGAGGGGUCUGAGAGUCAGUUAUCUCAUCAACAUGGCAGCAAACUCUGUAAACAUUACACAGCGAUACUUUUAACAUGUUUCAAACAUCCAAUACAAAGAACAGCUUUGUGUUAAAUGGUUAAAAAUAAAUAUGAAAAGUACUUUCAGUGAACUGCUAACUGUAUGUAUCUACUAAUUAGCUGAUGAUGUUAAAAUUAAUUAUUAUUAUUAACAUUAUUACUGAAACAAUCCACUAUGUAUAUAUAUAUAUAUAUAUAUAUAUAUAUAUAGAUGGAUUAAUUGAAAAUCUGUAUUAGUUGCAGCACAGCAGAGUGUAUUUUUUUAUGGAGUGUUCAAUAUUAAUAAUAAGUUAAGUCAAACAAGUAGUCAUAUAAAUAAAUACAAACAAAUUAUGUAAUUUGGCUCUGUCCAAAGUCUUAGGUCUUUGUGGCAUUAUGAAAUAUGCUCUGUUACUGUGAAAAGGAGCAGGGUGAAAUAACCCUUUACAAUACAGUAGUGAGCUGAGUUUUAAAACCUUAUUGCAGUAUUUUACAACUUGAUUUAAUUUCUUUAUUUACAAUUUCAUGUCUGUAUUUAGUAGGGGUGGGAAUCUAUUGGCACCUCACGGUUGGAUUCGACUACGAUUCAGAGGGCUGCAGUAUAGGAUCUGUGGAUUCUUUAAUUUGCACAUUAAAAUCCAAAAGAAACAUCUCCUAAUUAGCUUAGUUUGCAUCCCUAAUUUACUUCAUUAACCUCAACUCCAUGGUCCCUCAUUUCUUUAACCUGUUGUCAAACUCUGAAAACUGAAAUAUAAUUAGCAGGAUGUACAGUAUGUGUACACGACAGAGUUCUACAUCAGUUUAGUCUAAGCUUGUACCUGAUGUUCUCAACCCUUAACAAGUAGGUAAGUUAGUAAUGACAUACAGCUGAGCUAAUUAAUAUUACUUUGUUACUAAUUUAGCUAAUAUUACAUAACAGCCAAAGAACUUGCUGUACAGGGGAGAUGUUAGCGCUAACCACCUUCACAUUUCCAGCAGUUGGGGAAACUACAGACUUUUAACGGACACAGUGACCUACACUGCACCUUUAUUACCAGACAAAAACUUCCUGCUAAUAUUUUCCUCUGCUAACUGUUCAGCGUCAUGUUCUCACACAUCACACACAGGAUACACAGAGAGCUGCCAAGCGUUGAGCGUCACCAAGCUCGCACAGUGUGCAAGUUAAAAUCCUCACUUGCAUAUUGAUAUUACUGAUUGUGUAAUAUUUAAGUAGGGUGUUUAUUCAUUCUGCAGUGGUGUGCCAAAUACAGGGGGAACACUGGUCUCUCUGUUAUGUGCACGCCACAAAUGGUACGGUUGCUGCACCUCUGCGAAUUCCGCCUUUUGUGUUCUGUCAACAUUACGUUAUCAAUUAACAUUUAAAUAACUGAUUAUUUUGACAUUUGUUAAUCAAGUCAGAAUCUUCCAUGUCCGCAUCGCAAUGCAUCUAAGAAUGGAUUUUUUAUCCCACCCCUAGUAUUUACAAGGUUACAGGUUAUUCAUAUGAUGCACAUUCUGUCUUAUUUAUUCAAUUAAUAUUGAACACUUUGGUCUUCCAUACUUUGCAACCGCACCCACAAUUUAGCUGGGAGAUUCAGAAUUGCAUCUCUUGAAUGGACUACAGCCUAGGCGACAAAAGAGCAGUUACUAUGGCAACCAUGCUGGUGUAGAACAGUGGAACAAGCAUGGCUGCCGCAGAAAAACUACAAUCUGCCUCCAGUUUAUGCUAAUGCUAGCAAACAAAGGUGCUUUUACUGUACACUAAAACAACACAUCCUUACAGUGUUUAUCAGCUGUUGCUAACAAUCGAAACCUGAAUGCCUAAAGCACGAAAUGUAUAUUGUUUUACUUAAAACAAUAAUGAAGAUAUAAAUCAGAUUGUUGGGCUCAAAAGCAAAAAUUAAUUUGCAGUUUGAGGUCCCUAAGCAGGUUACAGGUCUGUUUCUGCUGUUUCAACAAGCAGUGGAUCAGUGGACAUGGCACUAGUACCUAAUCUUUUAAAGAGCCUGAGCCCCUUCAUUUACUUUUUAUUUACAUUGCAACAGAGAAAAGGUAAAUCUGUGCUCUGCAUUAUAGUAUUUUAGCCUAGUACUCAGGGUCUUUGUGAGGUAUAAGGUAUAAACCAGCCUUCAAAACGCAUAUUCCAGCAAUUCAGCAAAAUAUUUAAGCUUAAGUGAGGUCUGUAUUUCUGUCUUGUUAAAAUUGUUCAUAGUUUCCUGUAAAGACAACCAUUCAUCUGCAACCUCUGGUGUGAGUUCCUUUUUCAUGAUCGAAAUCUGUGACUGUCCAAAUGUUUCCCAGUGUGCCCAUCUGGAACUAAACUGACAAUAGAAAUAUUAAAAUCUGA